CUCCUCUGGUUCUCGCGCACUGCCCCCCUCUCUCUCACCUAAACAGUUACUGGUGAGCCAGUCAACUAGACCAUCCGAUUUCACUCUCUCGUUACUGGCGUUACCUCUUCUUUGCUUUUUCUCUUUCUGUAAAGCAAGUCACUUAAAUAGGGGGUAACGGCACAAAGGAACAGAAAGAGGAACAUGGCAGGGAUUUUGAGGGCACCCAGUGCUUUCGCCGUGACACCACACAAAGUCUCCACCUGCAUUCUGAUACAGAUCUAUGCUCCUCCUGCUCAAAUCUCUGUUCCUUUUCCAUUUUCCUCCGUUACUCAGCACAACCGCCUCGGCCUGUACUUGCUUGCUCUCACCAAGUCAUGCGAUGAUAUUUUUGAGCCGAAACUAGCUGAACUUCUUAAUCAAUUGAGGGAGAUUGGCGGUCUAAUGGAUCAGUGGUUAACUAAUCAUUUGACUAAUAGACUGUCGGCUCUACAAUCACCUGAUGAUUUGUUCAACUUCUUCAGUGAGAUGCGUGGAAUUCUUGGGGGCCUUGAUUCAGGAGUUGUUGAGGACGACCAGAUUAUUUUGGAUCCAAACAGCAACCUUGGGUUGUUUCUUCGUCGUUGUAUACUUGCUUUCAACCUGUUAUCCUUUGAGGGUGUAUGCCAUCUUUUGACAAAUAUUGGUAUCUAUUGCAAUGAAUGCUUCUCAACUUGUCCAACUUAUGAGUUGCAGCACCUGGAUGAUCCUAGUAAUGAGGUGGAGGUAUUAUCAGAGUAUGAAAACAUGGACCUUGAGAAUUAUAUUUCUGAAAAAAUAACUGAAGAGAUAGAAGCAGGAAUAACAAGCAAAGGAGUUUCUUUUCACCUUUACUUACCAAAGGCACUUUCCACUUUGGUUGAAGGUGCAGAUAUUGAGGCUUCUACUAACCCAAAACUUGAGCAUAGCAACAAAGUUGGAGAACAUUCUCUGUAUACACCUUCAUCAAGCAAUGCACUAAGAAAUGUUGAUCCUCGCGGGGGAGUAUUCCUUCGUUCAAACUGGCAGAUGCAAGGCUACUUCAUGGAGCGAGCCGAGGCCAUUGAAAAGCAUGGUAGUUCUUUCUCCUCAAGUGCUUUUGAGCUUAUUCUAAGGCAGCUUCAAAAGUUGGCCCCUGAACUAGACCGUGUUCACUUUUUGCGUUACUUGAAUAGCCUUUAUCACGAUGACUAUUUUGCUGCUUUGGAGAAUCUUCACUGUUAUUUUGAUUAUAGAGUGGCUUUAUUCAUUUGGAUGCUACACCCUCUUGAAAAUGGUGUCAAUGGUCUAGGCUAUAGAAUCAGGCUUAAGGGUUCCAUUUGUUUAGAAUCUGAAGAAAUUGACUGGGUUACGUGGGAUUUUGACUUUAAUGUUUUACAAGCCAAUGUGAAAGCUACUUGUGCCUCCAAUAAUAUGAGUGCAGGAACUGAGGGAUUUGAUUUUCUUUCUCCUACACCUGGUACCAAUAGUUUUGGAAGAUAUGAGAUUGCCUUGUUGUGCUUGGGAAUGAUGCAUUUUCACUUUGGGCAUCCUAAGCAGGCAUUGGAGGUUUUCACUGAGGCAGUUCGUGUGUCACAACAGCAAAGCAAUGAUUCUUGUCUUGCAUACACUUUGGCUGCUAUCUGCAACUUGUUAUCGGAAAUUGGAAUCUCAAGUACAACUGGAAUGCUUGGAUCAUCAUAUUCUCCCAUGAUCAGUGUAGGCACUUCACUGUCUGUCCAGCAACAAUUAUUUGUCCUAUUGAAAGGUUCAUUGAAGAGAGCAGAGAGCUUAAAGUUGAAACAAUUGGUAGCUGCCAAUCAUCUUGCAGUGGCUAAAUUUGAUUUGACGCAUGUACAAAGACCUCUUAUAUCUUUUGGUCCCAAAGCAUCCAUGAAGCUUAAGACAUGCCCAAUUAAUGUUUGCAAGGAACUGAGAUCAUGUUCUCGUUUAGUAAGUGCGUUUUCUUCUGAAGGCUCUGGAUUGACAAUGGAAGGAGCUUUCUGUACUGCAUGGCUAAAGAAUUUGCAAAAGCCAAUUGGUUCACUAGUCUUGUCUGAAGAUCAUGGAUCUGGUAACAAUGCUAACCCUUCGCAGUUUUGCACACAACCAAGUUCUAUUCAUGGAUCUCUAUUGCAGUUAGUAGGUUCUUCUUACCUACUUCGUGCCACUGCAUGGGAGAUGUAUGGCAGCGCCCCACUAGCUCAAGUACAUGCUUUGGUUUAUGCAACAUGCUUUGCUGACACUUCAAGUUCAUUGGAUGCAACAUUGGUACAUGUGAAGCUUAUCCAACAUCUAGCAAUAUUUAAAGGAUAUAAAGAGGCUUUUGCUGCUCUGAAAAUUGCAGAGGAGAAGUUCUUAUGCAUCUCAAAAUCACGAAUCUUGAUACUAAAAUUGCAGCUGCUCCAUGAGCGUGCAUUGCAUCGAGGACAUCUAAAGCUAGCUCAACAAGUAUGUGAUCAGCUUGGAGUUUUGGCAUCAUCUAUCACUGGUGUGGACAUGGACUUGAAGACAGAAGCAAGCCUUCGGCAUGCUCGUACAUUCCUUGCAGCAAAGCAGUUCAGCCAGGCAACAGCUGUGGCGCAUUCCCUUUUUUGCAUGUGUUACAAAUUCAAUCUACAAGUUGAAAACGCUUCUGUUCUUCUUCUACUUGCUGAAAUUCACAUGAAAUCAGGAAAUGCUGUUUUGGGCCUUCCAUAUGCCUUGGCGAGCCUCUCUUUUUGCCAGUCAUUUAACUUGGAUCUUCUUAAAGCUUCAGCCACUCUUAUUUUGGCUGAGUUAUUGCUUUCACUUGGAACGACCCACAGAAAGGGAGCUUUAACCCUUAUACAUGGUGUUUUCCCAAUGAUUCUUGGUCAUGGAGGUCUGGAGCUAUGUGCUCGUGCCUAUAUUGCUGAAGCAAAAUGUCAUCUCUCCGAUCCAAGCUUCUCAGUUUCUGAAAAUUCUGAGGUAGUGCUCGAUCCCUUGAAACAAGCUUCGGAGGAUCUUCAAGCAUUGGAGUAUCAUGAACUAGCAGCUGAAGCUUUUUACUUAAUGGCCUUUGUAUUCGACAAGCUGGGCCAUCUGGAAGAAAGGGAGGAAGCCGCUGCUCAAUUCAAGAAACACAUAAUGGUUCUAGAGAAUCCUCAGGCAGUGGAAGACCCUUUGUUCAAUUUGUGAGAAGAAAAUUGCAGUGGCAUGUUCUGCUAACAAGAUUGUAAAUUAUGUGUUUUUUCCUGAAAUUUUAUUGAUGUAGGCACUCAAUGGCUAAUCCUUAUCAAAGCCUCUAGAUGACAAAAUGCACCGACAUCGUGUAUGAAUUUCAGUUACCUUGCCAAUUCCUUUUUGAGCAGUGACGUGAUUUCUUUUAGCUUGUCCGGGUGUGGUGCCGUGCUGCCUAAAACUUUUGUUC